CUGAGAACUGCCGACCAUUCUGGCUGGAUGAGCAAAAAGGGUUCCAGUGCUGUAGGUCCAUGGAAAACUAGAUUUUUUACUUUGAAUCAUACAAGAUUGUCUUACUUUGGUUCUAUGAAAGACACAAAAGAGAAAGGAUUGAUUGAUAUUACGGCCCAUAAAGUAUUACCUGCAAGAGAUGAUGAUAAAUUUGUUGCAUUGUAUGCUGCCACAACCGGACAGGGCAGAUAUUGUUUCAAAUUAGUUCCUCCUGCCCCAGGUUAUAAGAAAGGCUUAACUUUUACUCAGCCAAAAGUCCAUUAUUUUGCGGUUGAUACUAAAGAAGAGAUGAGAGGUUGGAUGGCUGCAUUGAUGAAAGCAACAAUUGAUUUAGAUGAGUCCAUCCCAAUUGUCAGUUCUUGCGUUACUCCUACUGUUACUCUACAAAAAGCCCAAGAAUUAUUAGCAAAGGCU